CGGAUCUUCCUUCAACCUGGAAGUUUUUUUUUUGCGUUACGGUCAAACGGGAACUGUGACAUUUUCCAAAGCAUUAACUUUUGAAAUAAUGUCACAGAUACAUAUUUAAUUGCCGUUUAUAACUUUCAAGAUCAGUUCCUUUGAACUGUAACUUCAUAAAGUGCAGACAGGUGAGGUGCAGGUGAGUGAUGCCUGUGUGUUCUAGCAGUGACUGUCCCCAUCUACAGUGUGUUGGAGAGAUCACCAAGGAAGAGCUCAUCCUCAAGUCUCAUGGCCAGUGCCAAGACUGCAAAGUUGGAGGACCGAAUCUUUGGGCGUGUCUGGAGAACGGCUGUGUGUAUGUGGGCUGUGGAGAAUCUCACACUGACCACAGCACCAUCCACUCACAGGAGACUGGGCACAACCUGACCGUGAACCUGACCACUCUGAGGGUGUGGUGUUAUGCCUGUGGGAAAGAGGUGUUCCUGGAGCGAAAACUGGGCCCUCACUGCCCUGUCCCCAGCACCAAGACCCUCGCUUCACCUCUCACCAACACACAGGUAGCAGGGUGUUUGGGCCGCUCCACCUCUCUGAGACUGCCCCCUACUGGUGGCUGUGAAGACCUGGGCAUGGAGACCGAGGAGGAGGAGGACGAGCUCCGCCCCAGAGGUCUGACGGGACUGAAGAACAUAGGAAACACCUGCUUUAUGAACGCAGCCCUGCAGGCCCUCUCUAACUGUCCUCCGCUAACCCAGUUCUUUGUGGAGUGUGGAGGUCUGGUGAGGACAGACAAGAAGCCUGCUCUGAGUAAGAGCUACCAGAAACUGGUGUCAGACCUCUGGCACAAGAACAGGACAGACAGUAUAUAUGAUCUAUGUCUACUCCAGGACUCUCAGGAGUUCCUGCGCUGUCUGAUGGACCAGCUCCACGAGGAGCUGAAGGAGCCACUGGCCGAGCCCCCCGACAACGACCUACACUCUCACGCCAUCGUUAUGGACGACGGCGGCCCCGACGACAGCCCCAGCCAAUCGGACAGCGACUUUCAGUCGUGCGAGUCGUGUGGCGGCGGCGGCAGCGAGCGGGUGGACAGCGAGGGUCAGGGUGGGAGCGGGGACAGGCAGGCGGCGUCAAGGGAGGAGUCUAACGAGGCGGAGAUGCUGAUCCCCAACGGGCCUGACUCCUCCCACUCCUCCGGCCAGACCAAUAGGGAGUUGCAGAAAGAGAAGAACCUGAUCAACGACCUCUACCGGGGGUCAGGGGGAGACCUGGAUAAAGACGUGGAUACCGCUCCCACCAACGAGGCCACGCCCAUCGUCAGCAGCCAUGGGACAAUCAAAGUCCAAAUACAGAACCGGAUGGCUGAGCUGCAGGUAGUGUCCAGCAGCACCCGGACCCAGAAUCCAGUCCAUACGGAGGGACGCCUCACCAAGAUGUCCUCCAGCCCCCCCAAGACUAACUCUGUCUGGCCAGGAAUGUCCUCCAGCCCCCCCAAGACUAACUCUGUCUGGCCAGGAAUGUCCUCCAGCCCCCCCAAGACUAACUCUGUCUGGCCAGGAAUGUCCUCCAGCCCCCCCAAGACUAACUCUGUCUGGCCAGGAAUGUCCUCCAGCCAUAAGAAAGUGUCCUCAUUCUCCUCAACAAAGAGCCAGAAGAAGUACCGUAGUGUGAUAUCAGACGUGUUUGAUGGGACCAUAGUCAGCUCAGUACAGUGUCUGACCUGCGAUAGGGUGUCAGUGACCCUAGAGAACUUCCAGGACCUGUCCCUGCCCAUCCCAGGUAAGGAGGACCUGGCUAAACUCCACUCCUCCUCCCAUCAGACCUCUCUGGUCAAGGCUGGGUCCUGUGGGGAGGCCUACGCUGCUCAGGGAUGGGUCGCCUUCGUCAUGGAAUACAUCAAGAGCUGGUGGUGGGGUCCUGUGGUGACCUUACAGGACUGUCUGGCUGCCUUCUUCACCAGAGACGAGCUGAAAGGUGACAACAUGUACAGCUGUGAGAAAUGCAAGAAAUUACGGAAUGGAGUGAAAUUCUGCAAAGUUCAGAGUGUACCAGAGAUCCUGUGCAUCCACCUGAAGCGGUUUAGACACGAGCUGAUGUUCUCCACUAAGAUCGGGACUCACGUCUCCUUCCCAUUGGAGGGCCUGGAACUGCAGCCCUUCCUGGCCAAGGAUAGCUCCGCCCACACCACCUCCUAUGACCUGCUGUCCGUCAUCUGUCACCAUGGCACCGCCAGCAGUGGUCACUACAUAGCCUACUGUAGGAAUGACCUGAACAACCUCUGGUAUGAGUUUGACGACCAGAGCGUCACGGAGGUGUCAGAGUCCUGCGUCCAGAACGCUGAGGCCUACGUCCUGUUCUACAAGAAGAGCAACGAGGAGGCGCUGAAGGAGAGGAGGAAGGUGACGGGUCUACUCGGCGUGACGGAGCCCAGUCUGCUACAGUUCUAUGUCUCUAGACAGUGGCUCAACAAGUUCAAGACAUUCGCUGAGCCUGGACCUAUCUCCAAUGACGACUUCCUCUGCUCACAUGGCGGCGUGCCGCCUGCCAAGGCCGCGUUCAUCGAUGAACUGGUCGUGAUGCUGCCUCAGAACGCGUGGGACCACCUCUACAGCAGGUAUGGAGGCGGGCCUGCUGUCAACCACCUGUAUGUGUGUCACACUUGUCAGACAGAGAUUGAGAAGCUGGAGAAGAGACGCAGGACAGAGCUGGACAUGUUUGUCCGGCUGAACAAGGCGUUCCAAGAGGAGGAGUCUCCACUGAUCAUCUACUGCAUCAGCAUGCAGUGGUUCAGAGAGUGGGAGGGCUUUGUCAAGGGAAAGAACAAUGAUCCACCGGGACCAAUCGAUAACUCCAGGAUCGCCAUCAACAAGAAUGGCCAUCUAACACUCAGACAAGGAGCUGACUCGGGACAGAUCUCUGAGGAGACGUGGAACUUUCUCCAGUCCGUCCACGGAGGAGGUCCACUCGUAACAGUCCGGCCCAACGUCUCUCACCCCGAACUAGAGGCCUCCUCGUAGUCUAAGGACAAGAUAUAGGUGGAGACGUGCUACGUUUAAAUCUACCUACAUACCAACCCCUAACAGGAAACUACCUACCAACCAACCCCCUAACAGGAAACUACCUACCUACCAACCCCCUAACAGGAAACUACCUACCUACCAACCCCCUAACAGGAAACUACCUACCAACCAACCCCCUAACAGGAAACUACCUACCUACCAACCCCCUAACAGGAAACUACCUACCUACCAACCCCCUAACAGGAAACUACCUACCUACCAACCCCCUAACAGGAAACUACCUACCAACCAACCCCCUAACAGGAAACUACCUACCUACCAACCCCCUAACAGGAAACUACCUACCAACCCCCUAACAGGAAACUACCUACCUACCAACCCCCUAACAGGAAACUACCUACCUACCAACCCCCUAACAGGAAACUACCUACCUACCAACCCCCUAACAGGAAACUACCUACCAACCCCCUAACAGGAAACUACCUACCAACCAACCCCCUAACAGGAAACUACCUACCAACCAACCCCCUAACAGGAAACUACCUACCAACCAACCCCCUAACAGGAAACUACCUACCAACC